UCUCACUAACUGGCGCUUGUUCGGCCCGUUAUGAUUCAUUUGCCUUCAUUGGAAACGGCAUGCUCAGGUCUAUCUUGGUUAAUAACAAUCUUUGAUCUUAGCUUUACAGAUCGCCAUUAUUGGGUUUAGCAGUGCAUAGCGAUUAAGAGUGCAGACUGGGGCUUUAGGAGUAAAAGUGGAACAGGCUAUUUGAAUGAAAUCCAUCGAAGUGCGGAACUACUACUACUGCCGACUCCUGCUGUAUAAUAGUGUCAUCAUCGGUUGUUAUUCGAGAUGAUAUCCGCUACGAGCUGAAACGAAACGGUACGAAGAUCGGACACCUGGAAUAUAACCAAAGCAGUAUCAACCAGACAGCCCAGCUCCAUCGAACAUUCAGUUUACUGGAAAUACAUCAGUCCUUUGGUGGGAUGUUAUUUUGCCUUUAUUAGAGAAGAGAAGCCAUUCCCGUGGGGUUUAUUUCAUGGGGAUGUGUUCAAGACAAGAGAGAAUACAAAAAGACGUCAACAUCGUAAUUCAAAGGUGCAAGGCAGAGAAAGACUGCCUUUUCUCUGAUUUCAGAUACUCUGACGCCACCUUCACCUUCACCUAUUCCAAAGGCUCCAGAAGGGUGUCGUACUCUGUGCACGUCUCUGAUGACUACCCAGACAAUACAUACGUGUCAAACUCUGAGAACGAGGAUGAAGUUCUAGUCACCAGAGACCAGAUCCCCGUCAUCUUCCAAAGGAUAGCAACAGAGAUUAGGGUCAAUAAUGACGCCAACUGCUGCCUGUCCAUCAAGUCCAAACAUCAGAUAGACAAGAAUCAGUGCCACUAUGCCAUAGAGGAGGACUCUGAGGGGGAUGCUGACUCUGAGGAGUUUUACUAUGGAGGUCAGGUGAACUCUGAUGGCGAGCUCCACAAGCACCCCCAGUUGGAGGUGGACCUGGCUGCGGUCCGGGAGAUGUACGGACACCACGCAGUAUCUCUCAGGGAAUACGGCGCCAUCGACGAUGUGGACAUUGAUCUCCACGUCGACGUCAGUUUCCUAGAUGAGGAAAUAGCCCUGGCGUGGGACGUGAUCCGCAGGGAGCCGGUGAUCGUGCGUCUACACUGCUCUCUGACACAGUACCUGAAUGGACCGGUCCCCACGGUGGACGUAUUCCAGGUGUCGACUAAAGACCGGUUUGGACUGGGACAUCAGAUGAAGAAGAUAAUGCAGACGUUUGUCACCCAGCAGUGGAAACUCCAGAGUAAAGAGAAACUCAACUGCUCUCGCAACAAAAACAAGGGCGACAAGAAGGGCAAAUCUCCCCUCCACAUCUUCUCGACCCUCCGCAGGCACUUACUGUAUCUGAAAGGAUCAAAUAGAUCUCCCAGCUACCCGCCUCCCGGCUGUGUCAAGAGCAAAAAGAAGCCGAAGCCAGAACAAGAUGGCGUCUCUAAAUCCCACCGCCUUCUCCGACGGACUUACACCAGCACCGCCAAACAGCAGGUUGAGGUGGACGGCUGCGGCCCCGGGACCAAGACUACCCACCGUCUCCUGGGCCUUUCCCUGUCCAGCGGAGACCCCCGUAUGGACCACGGAGGAGGGCCCGGACCACUGCCCUUCAAACCCCACCGCCUGGGCAGGCCCUGCAUGGCUGUGGUCAAACCAGAGGACCUCCGACCCGCUCCCCAUAAGCUCCUGCCUCGCUCGUGCUCUGGCGACCCCCGCUGUGAGCAUGCAGGAGUGGGAGGAGGUGGGGGAGGGGGUGGAGGGAGUCUUGGGGGAGGUAGUCUUGGGGGAGGUAGUCUUGGGGGAGGUAGUCUUGGGGAGGCAGGUAGUCUUGGGGGAGGUGUUGGUGGGCUGGGCCCGAGUGGUGGUGGAGGGGGUAGUCUUGGUGGAGGUGUUGGUGGGCUGGGCCCGAGUGGUGGUGGAGGGGGUAGUCUUGGUGGAUGUAGUCUUGGUGGAGGUUUAAAGCACCACAGGCUGCUCAGUAGGUCGUGCUCUGGUUCUAUCAGGACGGAGGAGCUGGAUGGACUGAAACACCACCACCUCCUCAGCAGGUCCUACUCCAGCAGUACCAAGAUGGGCAAGGCAGCAGACAUCUUCAAGGACUCUGUGUCUCCGUCCGAGGGGAGGCGGCUCUCUCUUACCUCAGGGCUCAUCGGGAUCCUCGCCCCCUCGCUCACCACGCCAACGCCGCCAAACAAUGGAGCCAAGUCCAUACCAAUAAAAGACAGAGGUUUCCUCGUCCAGACCAUGGAAUAUGCUGAGCAGAGGAUUCCGGUCCUGAAUGAGUUCUGUGUGGUGUGUGACGAACCACACGUGUUCCAGAACGGACCCAUGCUCAGACCCACCGUGUGUGAGCGGGAACUGUGUGUGUUUGCCUUUCAAACACUGGGGGUGAUGAACGAGGCAGCCGACGAGAUCGCCACAGGGGCUCAGGUGGUGGACCUGUUGGUGUCCAUGUGUAGGUCUGCUCUAGAGUCUCCCAGGAAAGUGGUCAUCUUUGAGCCAUAUCCCUCCGUGGUGGAUCCAUGUGACUCCCAGGCACUGGCCUUCAACCCCCGGAAAAAGGACUAUGACCGAGUGAUGAGAGCCCUUGACAGUCUCACCUCUAUCAGAGAAAUGUCCCAGGCACCUUACCUGGAGAUUAAGAGGCAGAUGGACAAGCAUGAUCCUUUAGCUCACCCCUUACUGACAUGGGUAAUAUGCAGUAACAGGUCACACAUCGUCAAACUACCAGUAACCAGACAGCUGAAGUUCAUGCACACCCCACACCAGUUCCUUCUACUCAGCAGUCCUCCUGCCAAAGAGUCCAACUUCAGAGCUGCCAAAAACCUCUUUGGGAGUACCUUCGCUUUCCAUGGUUCUCACAUAGAAAAUUGGCACUCCAUUUUGCGAAACGGUUUGGUGGUUGCAUCCAACACAAGACUUCAGCUCCAUGGCGCCAUCUACGGGAGUGGGAUAUAUAUCAGCCCAAUGUCAAGCAUAUCAUUUGGUUACUCAGGGAUGAACAAAAAACAGCUGAAAGUUACUUCGAAGGACGAAACUGCUACAAACAAGACCAACUUACAGUCAACAAAGAAAGGACAGCAGCCCCAGUUUUUGCAAAGUCGGAACCUGAAGUGCAUAGCCUUAUGUGAAGUCAUCACAUCCCCUGACCUGCACAAACACGGAGACAUCUGGGUCGUUCCCAACACUGAUCACGUCUGUACACGCUUCUUCUUCGUUUAUGAAGAUGGUCAGGUGGGGGAUACGAGCAUCAACACACAAGACGCUGGCAUCCAUCGAGAGAUCCUACGAGUCAUCGGCAACCAGACUGCCACGGGAUGAACAACACAGCAAUACUGCUGCCUCUCCUCCUCCACCUCUCAGCUCAAAGCUGGAUGUUUUUUGAGCUGCGGAGGCCCAUCGUACAAAGUGUUUCCUUCCCGAUCAACGCAGUGGACACACAAACAACUUUAAAGUUUGAAACCUCAGCACACAUAUGUACAACUGAAACACAACAAAACUUGAGGGAAGAACACAUUUUUGCUAAGUUUCUAAAUACUAUGAAGAAUCCUGCUUUUCCUGAAGACACGUCUCUGUUUGACUGAUUGGGACGAUUUCACUUUUUGUAGAGAACGUUUAAAACGGUAAAACUCUUUGGUGAAUAUUUUGAGACUUUUUGCUAGUAGAUAUGGUCCUUUUCGGGGGAAAAUAACUAGGAAAAAGGUUCCUUCCUGUCUAGGAAAAAGGUCUAGGAAAAAGGUUCCUUCCUGUCUAGGAAAAAGGUCUAGGAAAAAGGUUCCUUCCUGUCUAGGAAAAAGGUUCCUUCCUGUCUAGGAAAAAGGUUCCUUCCUGUCUAGGAAAAAGGUUCCUUCCUGUCUAGGAAAAAGGUUCCAUCCAUCUGACCUGGUUUACUAUAGAGUUGUACCUUUUUAAAGUACAAUGUAGACUGUAGGUGUUGAUAUGCACUGUUUCUUAAUGUCAUACAACUGGUUCAUAACCUAAAAAACUACUAAUUAUUUUCCACUUGAUUAUUUUGUGGGUGUGUGUACAUACACAGUACCAGUCAACAGUUUGGACACCUACUCAUUCCAGGGUUUUUCUUUAUUUUUACUAUAUUCUACAUCAAAACUAUGAAAUAACACAUAUGGAAUCAUGUAGAAACCAAAAGUGUUAAAUACAUCAAAAUAUUUUAGGAGAUUCUUCAAAGUAGCCAUCCUUUGCCUUGAUGACAUCGUUGCAUUCUCUUGGCAUUCUCUCAACCAGGUUCACCUGGAAUGUUGAAAAAGCAAUCUUGAAGGAGUUCUCACAUAUGCUGAGCACUUGGCUGCUUUUCCUUCACUCUGCUGUCCAACAAAUCCCAAAGCAUCUCAAUUUGGUUGAGGUCGAGUGAUUGUGGAGGCCAGGUCAUCUGAUGCAGCACUCCAUCACUCUCCUUCUUGGUCAAAUAGCCCAUGCACAGCCUGGAGGUGUGUUGGGUUAUUGUCCCAUGGAAAAACAAAUGAUAGUCCCACUAAACCCAAACCAGAUGGAUUAUCGCUGCAGAAUGCUGUGGUAUCCAUGCUGGUUAAGUGUGCCUUGAAAUCACUGACAGUGUCACCAGCAAAGCACCAUCACACCUCCUCCUCCAUGCUUCACGUUGGGAACCACACAUGUAGAGAUCAUCCGUUCACCUACUCUGCGUCUCACAAAGACACGGCGGUUUGGAACCAAAAAUCAAAUUUGUACUCAUCAGACCAAAGACCAGAUUUCCACCAGUCUAAUGUCUAUUGCUCGUGUUUCUUGGCCCAAUCAAGCCUCUUCUUCUUAUCGGUGUCCUUUAGUAGUGGUUUCUUUGCAACAAUUCGACCAUAAAGUUGAUGUUGAUGUGUCUGUUACUUGAACUCUGUGAAGCAUUUAUUUGGCUUGCAAUUUCAGAGGCUGGUAACUCUAAUGAACUUAUCCUCUGCAGCAGAGGUAACUCUGGGUCUUCCGUUCCUGUGGCGGUCCUCAUGAGAGCCAGUUUCAUCAUAGCGCUUGAUGGUUUUUGCGACUGCAUUUGAAGAAACUUUAAAAUUUCUUGACAUUUUCAGUAUUCACUGACCUUCAUGUCUUAAAGUAAUGAUGGACUGCCGUUUCUCUUUGCUUAUUAGAGCUGUUCUUGCCAAAGCCCUAUUUGGUAAAAUAUCUAUAUCUUCUGUAUACCACCCCUACCUUGUCACAACAGAACUGAUUGGUUCAAACGCAUUAAGGAAAUACAUUUCACAUUCACUUUUAACAAGGCAUACCUGUUAAUUGAAAUUCAUUCCAGGUGAAGCUGGUUGAGAGAAUGCCUCAUGAAGCUGGUUGAGAGAAUGCCAAGAGUGUGCAACGCUGUCAUGGCAAAGGAUUUAUUUAACACUGUUUUGGUUACUACAUGAUUCCAUAGUUUUGAUGUCUUCACUAUUAUUCUACAAUGUAGAAUAAAGAAAAACCCUUGAAUGAGUAGGUGUGUCCAAACUUUUGACUGGUACUGUGUAUAUAUAACAUGGAAUGGUUACCAAUAUAACGUGUGUGUGUGUAUAUAUGUGUGUGUGUGUGUGUGUGUAUAUAUAUGUGUGUGUGUGUGUACGUUAUAUUGGUAACCAUUUCAUGUAGACUGAGGCACACGGCAAAAUAAUGAGUAGAAUCGACAUUGUCAGGAUUCAAUACAUUGAGUAGAAUCGACAUUAAGGUCAGGAUUCAAUACAUUGAGGUCAGGAUUCAAUACAUUAAGGUCAGGAUUCAAUACAUUAAGGUCAGGAUUCAAUACAUUAAGGCCAGGAUUCAAUACAUUAAGGUCAGGAUUCAAUACAUUGAGUAGAAUCGACAUUAAGGUCAGGAUUCAAUACAUUGAGUAGAAUCGACAUUAAGGUCAGGAUUCAAUACAUUAAGGUCAGGAUUCAAUACAUUAAGGUCAGGAUUCAAUACAUUAAGGUCAGGAUUCAAUACAUUGAGGAAUCGACAUUAAGGUCAGGAUUCAAUACAUUAAGGUCAGGAUUCAAUACAUUAAGGUCAGGAUUCAAUACAUUCACUGACAUGUCGUCAAAACAAUGAGCAGAAAUGUAUGCCGUGUUAAUUUAGGAAGUAGAUCCAUUUCCUUCACAUAAUCAUACCAAGAAAUGUAUAUAUUGGUUUCUUCUCCUUUUAUAAGGGGGGGGUCUACUGGUUUACAAUGGGGAAGACUUUGAUUGCAGUCAAGAAUUUAUACAUAUUGCAGUAUAGAUGUGAUCCAUUUGUCAAUUCACAGUUUCACACACUCACAACCAGUUCCAACACCUAUUUUCAAAUAUAAAAUAAAACAUUUCAGAUUGAUAUUUGUACUUUUGAUUUAAAACUAUGGGUGGAUUGUAUAAUCGACACCCCAAUUUAAAAUAACCUUUUAAAAUAGUUUCCUUUUGUUCUGGGGCUUCUAUACAUAUUAAUCAUUGGUGUUUGCUGCUGUUGUUUAUAUAUAUAUAUAUAUAUAUAUUGCUGUGAUUUUAAUGACCAAUCAGAGCUCAGAUUGAUGUAUUCUAACCCUUAUGUUCAUUGUAAAUGAUAUAUUUCUAAGAAUGGAUGUUAGUUGAAAGCCAACAUUGGUCAUGGUGGACACCAACCACUCUGUACAUGAUACAAGUCUUAAGUUUCCUAGCAAAAAAAAAACAGUACUGUUAAAAAAACAGGUCAUAUAUAUAUAUAUAUUUUUUUUUUUAUAUAAAACAAAAAUGAAUGACUAAUGAUUUUACCAUUUGAAAUAUAUGUCAGGUUAUUGUAACUAAUAUAAACACAGACGGGGAAUUAAUUAGCAACAUGUUUAUUCAUUUUUAUAUUCCAUAAUUCAGUGGCCAAAUCACAUGAAUAUUGUUUUAUAAUACCGGUCGUUGGAAUAGUAACACGGACCGGAUCAACACACAGGUGGACGUUUGGUUUCGUGACUUUGGUUUAUUCAUUAUUCCAAAGGCGUUUCGUCACUCACAUGUUGUUCAUAAUCUCUAUUACUGACAUUUUAUAAGGAUAUCUUGACGUUUUUUUAAUUUUUUUAUAGCAGUUACCACAGUGUCAUGUGUAUCUAAUGAAGAAGGGUAAAACCGUUGCAACUGGAAGCACAUAGAUCAAGUGCACCAAGGGAUGACGUCGUGAAUAUCAAUCAAAUUAAACAUUUAAAUAAAUAAGGAACUCAAUAGUACAAACUUAAGUCAAAUAUUUCACAGGAAAUGUUAAUCAGUUGGAGAUGAGCAAUAUGAUGGUCAGUGGUAUACUUUGAUUUUUGAUCUCUUUUAUCUGGAAGUAUUAUGUUAUUAUGCUAUUUAUCAUUUGGUGCCUUAUAGACAUGAAUUCAUUGUAAUAUAACAAUACAUACUGAAUAUAUUGUCACAACAAACAAGGCCAAAUAUUUUCAGUAAUUGAGUUUUUAUGGCUUUUUCUUUAUUCUUCAAAUUAAUUCAGCUUUUUUGGGGGGGGCUUUUUACAAGUUAUGAAAAUAGUAGCUUAUGUACUUGUUUAUGUUCAAUAAAUUAAAAGAAGUUAAUUUCUUUA